AUGGGACGAUCGCCGCCCAGCAGCGCUAGCGCUAGGAUCGGUCGAAAUAUCGAGCGAUCCACGCAUAAUCAAGGCGCGCGAUCGACCGGGCCACCGAUCGGCAUGGAUUCUUGCGUUGCGCGAUCGAGCAAUGUGGCAGUAGGGGGUUUGAGCCCGCUGAGCCACGCGCUGUGGAAGACGAUCCCUGGCGGCGGCGGCGGCGAUGGUGGGAUUGUGCCGGAGGCGAUGGAUGUGUCGGCGAGGCUGGCGUGGAGGGAUUUGUUUGUGACGGCAAGUAAUGCCCGGGGCGAUGUCCAGGUGCUGCUCCACCGCCUCUCCGGCUAUGCCGAGCCGGGGAAUAUCACCGCGAUCAUGGGGCCGUCGGGAUCGGGCAAGUCGACGCUCCUCGAUACUCUUGCCGGCAGACUCGCUAAGAACACCACUCUCACGGGAGAGAUCUUUCUCAAUGGUCGAAAGAAGCAGCUCUCUUAUGGAGUAGCGGCGUAUGUUACACAAGAUGAUACUCUCAUUGGAACGCUCACGGUGCGAGAAACCAUCGCCUUCUCGGCAAACCUGCGGCUUCCCGAUCGAAUGCCGGCGAGCAAGAAGAGGGCGAUCGUGGAGAGCACCAUUGUGGAGAUGGGGCUCCAGGAAUCGGCCGACACGGCGAUUGGGAACUGGCACUUGAGGGGACUGAGCGGCGGAGAGAAGCGAAGGGUGAGCAUCGCGCUGGAGAUUCUUACUCGCCCUCGCCUGCUCUUUCUGGACGAGCCAACCAGUGGAUUGGACAGUGCUUCAGCGUUUUUCGUGACGCAAACUCUCAAGAAUCUGGCACGAGAUGGCCGGACGGUGAUUGCUUCCAUUCACCAGCCCAGCAGCGAAGUCUUCGAGCUCUUCGACAAUCUGUGCUUGCUCUCUCAGGGAAAAUUGAUCUACUUUGGCAAUGGAUAUGGAGCUCGAGAGUUCUUCGCAGAUGCCGGUUUUCCUUGUCCAGAGCUCCGGAAUCCAUCCGACCACUACUUGCGGGCCGUGAACGCUGACUUUGACAGGGUCCAGGCAACUCUCAGAGGAGCACUCAAACUCAAGGAUCUAGAGUACGCUGAUCCUCUCGACAGGGUCUCCACAAGCAAAGUCAUUGCCAUCCUCGUCGAGGCCUUCCAAUCGUCUGGGUACGCGAUGAUGAUGGCGGCCAAAGUCCACGAGGUGUCCCAAACUAAAGGCGUGGUUCUCCAGUCGACAGGAAGUCACGCCAGCUUCUUCAUGCAGGCUGCGACGCUGACCCUGCGAUCUUUCAAAAACAUGACGCGUGACAUGGGAUACUAUUGGCUUCGUCUCGCCAUUUACGUCAUCCUCAACAUCGGAAUUGGUACACUCUACUUUAGAAUCGGCACUGACUACGGCUCCAUCUCAGCAAGAGCCGCUUGCAUGUCUUACGUUGGUGGAUUCCUCACUUUCAUGUCCAUCGGAGGGUUUCCAUCGUUCGUGGAAGACAUCAAAGUAAGGAAACGUUAA